GACUAUGGAAAUGUUCAGCAACAUUUGGAGUUGCAUCAAGGGGAUGGACUUGCUAGUGCUGUUACUCUAUUUGCCUUGGCUUUAGAAAGAGUUAAAAUCAGAAUGAAGUCGGUGAUCAGGAAAAGAUCUGCUGAAAUUCUAACCUCUGUUGCUGAAGGAAUACAUAUGCAAUUGCAGACCGCUGAAUCUCAGAUUCAAGCUGAUAUGGGAAAACUGACUAGUCUCACUAAAUCAAAGAGAAAACAUCUGGAGAUGAGAUUUCAAGAACUACAAGGACAGUUGAAUGUCAUAUAUGCGAAGUUCAAGGAAGAGGUUCAUCAGCAUCUUCAAGAUUGCAGAGACACAGUUGAGUGUCUGGAUGCAAACCACAUGGAGCUUAGAGGGAUAGUGAAAAACAAAAUUUGA